AUGCGCCGCGUGGUGGACGACCAGCAGCGGGAGAGUGUGCGAUCGAAGGAGGCGUGGCGCGAGCGGCAGGCUGCGAUCUCGGCGCAGCUCAAGAGACUGCAUCAUGAGGACCAGAGACGCUCGCCCCGAAAGGCAAACGGGCUGCCUCGCAAGAGCUUUGGUAGCGGCCCGCCACCCGCCAGUCCAAGGACUGGCUCGCCUUCGACUCCGCGGACGCGUCUAGCGGAGAGCCAUAACAGCCUCUCCUCGUCCGACAGCAUCAGGUCUGACCUGGCCUGCGAGGGUCUGCACGGGUCUGUGGGUGAGGGCUUCCUCUCAGUCUACCGGGAGGCCGCCGUGGAUUACCGACGCUCGGUGUCCGAGGCCGUCCUCGCCAUUGAUGACGCCAAAGAUGCCGGGGUGCAGCGCUGGCGGAAUCAGCUCCGGAUCGAGGCGGAGGCGUUGCAUGCGGAGCUCUCGAGGGAGCUAGAGCUGCACGCGGAGCGGCUGGCGGCCGAGCUGUCGCGCACCGCCGAGGCACACCUCGCGCGGAUCGAAGGUGCGGAGUCUGCGCGCUGCCCCGCCGAGGCUGCCGAGGGGCGCCGGGACGCGGGCGCGUCGCAGCCCUGCCGGCGGCGCCCGGAGCGUGGCAGGGUGAUUGCAGGGGUUGUGGCGAGCGUCGGCAUCGGCGCCCUCCUCGUGCUCGGACUUCGGGCGGCGCUGGCAUAA